GGCAGCUUUACAUAAGACUGGAUUCUCAGGGACCAGAGCAACAGUCAGUCACUCAGUCAGUCGGGGGAGCGUUCAGCAUGCCAGGCUGCAGAAGGGAGCUGAGCUCCUGCACGGUGGCGGACGCGCAGCAGCAGCAGCCAGAGGGGAUGCUACUGCCUUCUCUGCUCCCAGGAAGCAGCGGCUCUGCAGCCGAAGCCAGCGCUCCCUAAGAGAACUAACCGCUGGGCUAUGGAAUACAGAUGUGGUCGCUCAGCUAGGAGAAGCUGGCCCAAAGGAAGACAGCAUGUUCUACUCUAAGGAGAAACUGUAGAAGCCAGUUGUGGUUAGGGGGAGGUUUGGGUGGGUGUUUUUUUUUCUUUCAUUCUAUCCCCCCCUCCCCAAAGUGUAAAGAUGCAAAAACGUAACAUUCAUGAAGAUCCCAUUACCUAGGAGGAAUCUCGACUUCAGCAGUGGAUGCCCACUUGGCAUUUAUUUGUUCUUGGAGGGUUCUGCUUGGCAGGCAAAGAAUAAUGUGCCCAAAUUGGUCCAUCUCCCAAGGGGUCCAAUUUUUCUUCCUGGGUGUCAGCGAGCCCUGACUCACGACAGUGCAGCUGACAGGGGCUGUCAUGCUAGAGGUACCCUAAGCCAAAGCAAAGGACCUAAGGAAGACCUGUGAACAACACAAAGGAUGGGUUUCAAUGUAAUUAGGCUACUGAGCGGAUCAGCUGUAGCCCUGGUAAUAGCUCCCACUGUGUUACUGACAAUGCUCUCUUCUGCUGAACGAGGAUGCCCUAAGGGCUGUAGGUGCGAAGGCAAAAUGGUAUAUUGUGAAUCUCAGAAAUUACAGGAGAUACCCUCAAGUAUAUCUGCUGGCUGUUUAGGUCUAUCCCUUCGUUAUAACAGCCUUCAGAAACUUAAAUAUAACCAGUUCAAAGGGCUCAACCAGCUCACCUGGCUUUACCUAGACCACAACCAUAUCAGCAAUAUAGACGAGAAUGCUUUUAAUGGCAUACGCAGACUGAAAGAGUUGAUUCUGAGUUCCAAUCGCAUCUCCUAUUUUCUUAACAAUACCUUCAGACCUGUGACCAAUUUACGGAACUUGGACCUGUCCUAUAACCAGCUGCAGUCUCUGGGAUCAGAACAAUUCCGGGGCUUGCGGAAGCUGCUGAGUUUACAUUUGCGGUCCAACUCCCUGAGAACCAUCCCUGUGAGGAUAUUCCAGGACUGUCGCAACCUGGAACUCUUGGACCUGGGCUACAACAGGAUCCGAAGCCUGGCCAGGAAUGUCUUUGCAGGCAUGAUCCGCCUGAAAGAACUUCACCUAGAGCAUAAUCAGUUUUCCAAGCUCAACUUGGCACUGUUCCCUAGGCUGGUCAGCCUGCAGAACCUGUACUUGCAAUGGAAUAAAAUCAGUGUCAUAGGGCAAACCAUGUCCUGGACCUGGAGCUCCUUGCAAAGGCUGGAUUUGUCAGGGAAUGAAAUCGAAGCCUUCAGUGGACCCAGCGUUUUCCAGUGUGUCCCCAAUUUGCAACGCCUCAACCUGGAUUCCAAUAAGUUGACAUUUAUUGGGCAAGAGAUUUUAGAUUCUUGGAUAUCCCUCAAUGACAUUAGCCUGGCCGGGAACAUAUGGGAAUGCAGCAGGAAUAUUUGCUCCCUGGUCAACUGGCUGAAAAGUUUCAAAGGGCUGAGGGAAAAUACCAUCAUCUGUGCCAGCCCCAAAGAGCUACAAGGGGUGAAUGUGAUCGAUGCCGUGAAAAAUUACAGCAUCUGUGGCAAAAGUACCACAGAGAGGUUCGAGCUGGCCAGGGCUCUGCCCAAACCCACCUUCAAACCGAAGCUGCCCAGGCCCAAGCAUGAGAGCAAGCCCCCUGUCCCCCCCACGGUGGGGGCCACCGAACCAGGUCCAGAGACCGACCCAGAAGACACAGAACACAUCUCCUUCCACAAGAUCAUCGCCGGCAGCGUGGCCCUGUUCCUGUCCGUCCUGGUGAUCCUGCUGGUAAUCUAUGUGUCCUGGAAGCGGUACCCGGCUAGCAUGAAGCAGCUGCAGCAGCGUUCACUCAUGCGGAGGCAUAGGAAAAAGAAAAGGCAGUCCCUCAAGCAGAUGACCCCCAGCACCCAGGAAUUCUAUGUUGAUUACAAGCCCACCAACACAGAGACCAGUGAGAUGCUCCUGAAUGGGACAGGACCCUGCACAUAUAGCAAGUCGGGCUCCAGGGAGUGUGAGAUACCUUUAUCAAUGAAUGUGUCAACCUUUCUCGCAUAUGACCAGCCAACAAUCAGUUACUGUGGGGUGCAUCACGAUCUUCUCUCUCAUAAGCCCUUUGAAACGAAUGCCCAGGAAGAAACAAUGGAAACCCACCUGGACACUGACCUGGAUCUGAGCACAAUCACCACAGCUGCCCGAAUCAGUGAACACACUCAACAGCUGGCUUAAUUACACUCUUUGGGAGCGGAGGGACAUCACCAAACUCUAUGUUACCCGAAGGACAAAAAAGAGGAGGAUUUGGUUGUUCUUGAUGGAUUCCAAAAGCCCCUGUUCCAAUAAGCAAAACAGAAACAAAAAACAAGAACCAAGAGCGAGACCCGAAAUUGAUUAAGACGUGAAUUGUUUCAAGUUGACACUUUGUAAUUAGCUAAGUUGUGCAGUAUUUUUUUGACUUAAACAGAGUAUGACCCUGGGGAAAAAAAAAAGAAUCUUUUUUUCAGAACUCAUCCUACCUACCUGUUAAAAAAAAAAAAAAGAAGAAAGAAAAAAGAAAAAAAACUGUACAGAGCUAAUGUAUUUUUCAUAUUGUAAAGUUUCAAUUAUUAAGAGCAAUUGGUAUGUACAGUACCAUGAUUUAAUUACAUUUUGCUUUACAAAUUUCUGUUUCUAAAAUUUUAAAUUAACAAUGAGUCUUUCCUGUGUUCUUCUGAGUUACUCCAUUUUGUAGGGACUGGCUUUGUUACUGCUUUGGGACGCCCAGAAAACUCCACUCUGGGAAUAGUGAUGGGCAGACAGAUCCUACAUUAUUUUUACCAGGCUUACCACAUAGAAUUUUAUCUACUCGCUCCAGAAAUAAUACAUUAACCAAAAGGGGUAAAAUGUUUAAUUGCUCAGAUUUGUGAGAGGUUGGUUCUUCAAAGAUGAAGACAAUUUUUUUUUUUCCUUACAAAUGAAAAUCAGAGGAGUGUUGGGUUUUUUUUUUUAAUGGUUCUUCUCAGACUUCCUGUUGCCUUGAAUCACAGCCUAGUUUCUAAGCAGCAAAAUGUUAACGAUAAAGAGGGAUAUUUUAACAACACAUUUCUGAAUGAAUGACUCAUUAUUUUAUUCUUUUGAGUAACAUAGGGCUGGUAUUGAAGGGUCGGCAAACGUAUUGGCAGGUCAUCAAUAGAGACAAAAGCCAUAAAAGGAACGACAGAUACAUUCAUACACUUUAAAGCUAAAAAGC